AAACCUGAGGAGCGAGAGGAGACCAAGAAGAAAAAGUCCGUGGAUGCAACAAAGAAAAAGCGGAAAGUACAAAAGAAAUCAGAAGAAAAAGAAGAUAAAGUUGAUACUGAAGAAAAAAUGAAGAAGGAGGAAGCUUCUGAGAAGGCUGAAGCUGAUGAACAGUUAAAAGAGAUAGUAACGGAAAUGCCUGAUAAAAUGAAGAAAGAAGAUGGAGAACUUAAAGGCGAACAAAAAGCGAAGGAGAUACAGAAGAAGGUGGAGAAGGAAGACGAAGAGUUCGCGAAGAAACAUGAAAAGGAAGUACAGAAAGUGGAGAAGGAAAAUGGAGAGCUCAAGAAGCAUGAAAUAAAGGAAGCAGAGAAAGCUAAGAAGGAAGAUGGAGAGCUCGAAAAGAAACAUGGAAUGAAGGAAGCACAAAAAGAAGAAAAGGAACAUGCAGAGCUCGAGAAGAAGCACGAAGUGAAGGAAUCUGAAGAGGUGGGCGAAGUUCUCGUUGAAGAUGGCCUUAAGAAGGAAGCUGACGAGAAAAAGAAAAGGAAAAAGAAGCUAGCAAAGUCUGAUCAAACGGAAGAGGUUGGAAAGCUAGAACCGGAGCUCAUGGUCAAUGGCGCAGCAGCAGAAAAAACUUCAGAAACUCCAAAAAUGGAGGCCAUUGAAGAGAAGAAGAAACCACCACUAGCUUUGAAGAUCAAUAAACAAGAUUUUGAUUUGAAGAUUGGUGAUUCUUGUGAUCUGACGAUAGAAUCCAGCGAUGAAGUGAAGUUUGAAUGGACAAAAGAUGAUCUUUCGCUUAGCUCUGCUUAUUCGCAGCAAAAUUCCAAAAAUCGCACUACCGUUCGUAUUACAUCUGCUACACUGGAAAUGGCUGGAAAAUACAAAUGCGUGGCGACAAAUAAAGAAGGAGUUACGGCUACUGCUACCAUCACUGUUAACGUUAAAGGAGUUCCCAUAGCUGAGGCAGAGACGAAUGUUGUCGAAGUAAAAAUUGGCGAAACUGCCAAAUUAUUCGUAAAUGUGAGAGGAGCAACUGAUGUAAAAUGCGAAUGGAGCAAGGAUGGCAAGCCAAUUAAGGCAACAAAAACGAUGACGUCCUCGUACAAGGAUGGAACUGCCCAGCUAGUUAUCAAGUCCGCUGAAAUCACACAUAGCGGUGUGUAUAAGCUAAAAGCGUCGAAUGCUGACGGAAGUGCCGAGGCAGAUGUGACUCUGAUAGUUAAAUCAGUUCCUUCCGCUCCUGAGGGUCCUCUAAACGUAGUGGUCGAAGGGAGCGCUGCUAAACUUUCUUGGAAGCCUCCAAUGGUCGACGGUAACAGCACCAUUUUGGGCUACUAUGUGGAGAAGUUUGAUGAAAAGAAAAAGAGCUGGAACUUUGUUGCUAGGUGUACGGAACCGAAUUAUACAACUGAGAUGUCAGGAGCAGAGCUUGUUCGCUUCCGAGUGGCUGCAGAAAAUGCCAUUGGACUUGGUUCUUUUAUUGAGUCCAAAGCAGUGUCAGCAGGCACAAAGCCGGAGAUUUUGCGACCGAAAGGUGACGCAAUCUACGCUUUCAACGAAGGAGAUAAGGCAGAGUUGAAGUUCACGUUCAAAGGUGAACCUGCUCCAAAAGUGGAAUGGAUUGACAGCUUUGGCAGUGCAAUUAUCUCUAACGCAGAUUAUACGAUAAAAAAUACAUCGACAAGCACUUCGCUUACCAUCAAAAGCGUGGCGAUGAAGCAUGGUGGAGAAUACUUUUUGAAAGUCAAGAAUAGCAUUGGAGAAGACGUCCUACCACUAAAAAUCGAGGUGAAAAGUUGCCCUGAAGCCCCGGGCAAACCUUCUGCAGAGGAACAGAAAGCGGACUCCUUGCGUUUAUCGUGGUCAUCACCUGCACAUGAUGGAGGCAGUCCAAUAACGCAGUACAUAAUAGAAAUGCGUACUGUGAGU